UCAAUGUGAAGAAGUUGCAAACUGUGGAGCAAGUCCGUUGACUUAAGCGGUAGCGUCAGAAAAAGUUAAGCCACCAUAACCUAGACAUCGUAUACAGACACCAAAAUGAGCGUCGCUGAAAAACUUUUACGGGAGCUCCCUGCUUUCGACGUCACCACCAUUCUGAUCUUCGUGGCCGUCUUUUUCGCCUGUCUACUUCUGGUGGCAGGAGUCACAGGGGGGCGACACUCCAAGCUGAGCCUACCCCCAGGCCCCCCGGGAUGGCCCGUGUUGGGCAGCCUGCUUUUCUUCAUUCGCCGCAAGGACCCCCACCCCAGCGACUUGAAGCCGUGGGUUAAGAAGUACGGGGACAUUUUAUAUGUAUCCAUGGGACCCCAGGGCGUGGUUUUCCUGAAUAGCCAUGACUCGAUACAGGAGGCGUUUGUGAGGAAAUCAGACCAGUUCAGUAGCAGACCGAUAUGGCUGUUCCUAUUCAAGUCAAUCGUAGGACCUAAAGGUGCUGGCGUCAUAUUUUCAAACGGACAAAAAUGGAGAGAUUUGCGUCGAUUCACGCUCACGUCCCUCCGAGAUUUCGGCAUGGGCAAGAAAACACUUCAAGAAAGUAUUCAGCACGAGUCCCGCCUGCUCGUGCAGGACUUUGAGAAAUUUGGCGGGGAGGCCUUCGACCCUGGCACUGUUGUGCAGACAGCUGUGAACAACAUUAUUUCCAUCGUGGUAUUCGGAGAAAGGCACGAAUACUCUGAUCAAGGAUUUAAUGAAAUGUUGGAUCUGCUGAACACUCUGCUUCGACUCAGCGCCUUCGGUAUAGAAGAUUUUUUCCCGUGGACACGGCACUUCAUACCGAAUUCUAAGAUGAAGAAACGCCUCGCCAUUCUCAAGGAGCUGUACGAUAGAAUACGAGAUCACGUGAAUGAGCACCGACUGACCUUUGACCCCAACAACCUCCGGGACUUUAUCGAUUUGUAUAUCAAAGUGACCAAUGAAAACAACGACCCGGAGACGUUUUCAGAAAAGAACAUAUUUCGCGUUGUUGUUGACCUGUAUUUCGCCGGCACAGAGACAACCGCCAGUACCUUGAAGUUUGGCCUUCUCCAGCUGCUGCAUCACCCAGACAUACAGAAAAAGUGCCAAGAAGAAAUAGACAGGGUAAUUGGACCAGAAAGAGCACCGAAAGGGGAGGAUCGCCUUCAGAUGCCGUUCACGGAGGCGACGCUCAUGGAAAUCAUGCGAUACUCACCCGUAGUCCCUAACGGCGUCCCCCACGCCACCGAAACAGACGCAGAGUUACAUGGUUACCUCAUUCCGAAAGGGACUGUGGUUUUCCCCAAUAUUUAUCACGUUCUAAGGGACCCUGCGAACUUUGACCGCCCAGAUGAGUUUCGUCCUGAACGCUGGUUGGAUGAUUCCGGGCAGGUUAUCAAGACGGACAAACUGAUCAAUUUUUCCGUGGGGCCACGGACGUGCCUCGGAAAAACACUGGCGGAGUUGGAGGCCUUUAUUUUCUUCACCACCAUGCUGCAGCAGUUCUCAUUUCAACCGGCAGAGGGCCAAGACAUCCCCAGUCCCGACCGCGGGCAACUUGUCCCUAACGGCGUCCCCCACGCUACUGAAACAGACGCAGAGUUACAUGGUUACCUCAUUCCGAAAGGGACGGUGGUUUUCCCCAACAUUUACUACGUUCUAAGGGACCCUGCGAACUUUGACCGCCCAGACGAGUUUCGUCCUGAACGCUGGUUGGAUGAUUCCGGAAGGGUUAUCAAAACGGACAAACUGAUCAAUUUUUCCGUUGGGCCACGGACGUGCCUCGGAAAAACACUGGCGGAGUUGGAGGCCUUUAUUUUCUUCACCACCAUGCUGCAGCAGUUUUCAUUUCAACCGGCAGAGGGCCAGGACAUCCCCAGUCCCGACCGCGGCCAACUUGGCAUUACUUACACCCCCUUCCCGUUUAAAAUUCGUGCAGUUAGGAGAUAA